UUAUAAACCACAAUCUCAGCCUCAGUCCAUAGAUACGUGCUGCUAAAAUGAUGUUAGUUGCGUCAGGAUGGUUUAGUAAGCGCAACCAUUUCCGGUGCGAGGUAAAUACAUUUGGGACCUAGGCAAGUUUGACAUUGACAGACACCGCACCAAUCAUGGCAGCGUUGUCUGUAAACACAAUAAGACAAAUAAUGAAAGCGAUGGUGGAUAGUCCGGGCUUCGACAGAGUCAUGAGCAAGGUGGACGUGGUGUCUGCCAGCCCAGGUAAGGUGGUGUGUCAGAUGAAGGUGGAGGAGGAGCACACCAACCGUGGGGGGACGCUGCACGGCGGGCUGACAGCCACACUGGUGGACGUCAUCUCCACCGCGGCCAUCAUGUACAGCGAGCGAGGGGCUCCGGGGGUCAGCGUGGACAUGAACAUAACGUACAUGAAUGCUGCCAAGAUUGGAGAGGAUGUGCUGAUCACUGCCCAGGUUCUGAAGCAGGGUCGGACCCUGGCGUUUGCCACCGUAGACCUCACCAACAAGGCCACGGGGAAACUUCUAGCACAAGGGAGACACACAAAACACCUGGGCAGCAGCUGAAUCGUCUUCCCUCUGUGCCUGUCUGUUACUUACAAUAUCUCUGUCAUGUACAGUCAAAAUAGGACGGUCCAUUCAAUGACACUGUAAGCUUAUGGCCUUAAAGACACCUGUAAAUAUAUUUGUGCAAAACUACUUAGAAAGUGGCAAAGUUUUCAGUGGAAAUACAGUGACUCCAUAAUGCUGCUCCAUGUUUGUUGCUAAAUUUAUGUUAGAAUUAUUAUUAAGGACACUUUUACCUUUAUAGACUUUUGUUCUAGAAAGGUUUUGACUGGCUCCAUGACAUUCACAGUAAAACCUGACCAAACUACCCAAUGGCUCUGGUUUUUGUAAUGCAAUGAAACAAAGGACAAUGGUUAUGCUUUCAAAAUUUGCACUGUAUUGGGAUAUGUUCAGCAGUAAUGAUUCGAGACUUGAUAACAGAAUAAACUUAGAAGAAAAGUGACCCACCUUAAACCCUUUCAACUGAACACACUGAAUCAACAAGGAGCAAAAUUAUAUUUACUAUACGCUUAAUAUUCCUUGAAAAGCAAGUUUGCAAAACCCAAUUUUAAUUUGAUGAGCAUGGCAGCAAAUUACACUAUCUUUAGUCAGUCAAAUUAAACACAAAUACGUUUUGGUUAAUUUUUGACUUUUUUUUCUUUUUUCUUUUGUUAGGUACAACAAGGUUUAACCAUUAGUCUGUCACCAUUUCAACUUCCCACCAACCCACACCCGAAAUAUAAACAAAACAUACAUCAGAUCUCAGUAGCUUGAAUGAAUAGUGCAUGAACAGCUUGCAUGGUGACAAUAACCUUCAGCAUUAAACCAACAUGUCUCAACUUUGUCUACAUCACACCUCUCAAGUCACUCAUGAGAUUUUAGCAAAGGUCUGCCUAGCGUGUUUCAGAGGAAAGCAAAUGACAC